UUCUCUCCUCCAGAGGCCGCUAGCCCCGGGGAAAGUAGUCGUCGCAGGAAAACUUACCCCGCAGGGUGGCCCCGCGCAGAUUUACGCGGCGGCCCCGCAGUUACCUGCCCCCGGGUCUCGAAGCCGCGCGCCUAGUCUCGGAGCCUCGCACCUUCGCGGCCCUCCAGCUGCUCUGGCCUGUCUCGCCCAUGGCGGUGGCCGCGCUCUACACGCAGUACAACAGGGUAUGGAUUCCUGAUCCUGAAGAAGUUUGGAAGUCUGCUGAAAUAGCAAAGGACUACAAAGUUGGUGACAAAGUCCUGCGGCUUUUGCUGGAGGAUGGAACGGAGCUGGAUUAUUCCAUUGAUCCAGAAUCUCUGCCUCCACUUCGGAAUCCUGACAUCCUCGUGGGUGAGAAUGACCUCACAGCCCUCAGCUAUCUCCAUGAACCUGCGGUUCUUCACAAUCUCAGAAUCCGCUUUGCAGAAUCCAAACUCAUUUACACCUACAGUGGAAUCAUUUUGGUGGCUAUGAAUCCUUACAAGCAGCUGCCAAUCUACGGAGAUGCCAUCAUCCAUGCCUACAGCGGGCAGAACAUGGGCGAUAUGGACCCACAUAUAUUUGCUGUGGCUGAAGAGGCAUACAAGCAGAUGGCCAGAAACAAUAAAAAUCAGUCAAUAAUUGUAAGUGGGGAGUCAGGUGCUGGAAAGACAGUGUCUGCUCGCUACGCCAUGAGAUACUUCGCCACCGUCAGCAAGUCCAGCAGUAACGCCCAUGUGGAGGACAAGGUUCUGGCAUCGAACCCCAUAACUGAGGCUGUUGGAAAUGCCAAGACCACCCGCAAUGACAACAGUAGUCGGUUUGGGAAAUACACAGAAAUCAGUUUUGAUGAGAGAAAUCAGAUUAUAGGAGCCAACAUGAGAACUUACCUGCUGGAGAAAUCCAGAGUUGUCUUUCAAUCAGAAAAUGAACGAAAUUACCACAUUUUUUACCAGCUCUGUGCAUCUGCGCAGCAGUCGGAAUUUAAACAUCUUAAAUUGGGGAGUGCAGAGGAAUUUAAUUACACAAGAAUGGGAGGCAGUACUGUCAUUGAGGGUGUGAAUGACAGAGCAGACAUGGUAGAGACUCAGAAGACCUUCACACUGCUGGGUUUCAAGGAAGAUUUUCAGAUGGAUGUUUUUAAGAUCCUAGCAGCCAUCCUCCAUCUGGGUAACGUGCAGAUCACAGCGGUGGGCAACGAGAGAUCCUCAGUUAGUGAGGAUGACACUCACCUGGAGGUGUUUUGUGAGCUCCUUGGCCUGGAGAGUAGCAAAUUUGGUCAGUGGCUAUGCAAUCGGAAAAUCAUUACAACCUCUGAGACGGUGGUAAAACCCAUGACCAGGCCCCAAGCUGUCAAUGCCAGGGAUGCACUGGCCAAAAAGAUCUACGCUCACCUGUUCAACUUCAUUGUGGACAGAAUUAACCAAGCGUUGCAGUUUUCAGGCAAGCAGCACACUUUUAUUGGUGUUUUGGACAUUUAUGGAAAACAUAGCAAACUUCUAAACUGUGAAGUUCAUCAAAAAAUACUGAGCUAUAAACAAAUGUGUGUGCCCUUCAAGAAAUGUUUUAACUUGUUUAAACCAUAUUUCAGUUUUGAAACCUUUGAUGUGAACAGCUUUGAACAGUUUUGCAUCAAUUACGCUAAUGAGAAGCUGCAACAGCAGUUUAACCUGCAUGUCUUUAAACUUGAACAAGAAGAAUAUAUGAAGGAAGAUAUCCCUUGGACUCUGAUAGAUUUUUAUGACAACCAACCAGUUAUUGACUUGAUUGAAGCAAAAAUGGGCAUUUUGGAGCUACUGGAUGAAGAAUGCUUGUUACCACAUGGAACUGAUGAAAACUGGCUUCAAAAGCUAUACAAUAAUUUUGUCAACAAGAAUGCUUUGUUUGAAAAGCCCAGAAUGUCAAAUACAUCCUUUAUCAUCCAGCACUUUGCUGAUAAGGUAGAAUAUAAAUGUGAAGGUUUUCUUGAGAAGAACAGAGAUACCGUAUAUGAUAUGCUGGUUGAAAUCUUGAGAGCAAGCAAGUUUCAUCUCUGUGCCAGCUUUUUUCAAGAAAAUCCAGUUCCUCCUUCCCCUUUCGGUUCAGCGAUAACAUUUAAAUCUGCAAAGCCAGUCAUCAAGCCAAACAACAAGCAGUUCCGGACCACAGUGGGGAGCAAGUUCCGCAGCUCUCUGUACUUGCUCAUGGAAACCCUCAAUGCAACCACACCCCACUAUGUCCGAUGCAUCAAGCCAAAUGAUGAAAAAUUACCCUUCGAAUUCGACUCUAAAAGGAUUGUUCAGCAGCUGCGAGCCUGUGGCGUUUUAGAAACAAUUCGCAUUAGUGCGCAGAGCUACCCUUCCAGGUGGACAUACAUUGAGUUCUACAGUCGCUAUGGUGUGCUCAUGACCAAGCAGGAGCUUUCGUUCAGUGAUAAAAAGGAGGUGUGCAAGGUGGUUUUACACAGGCUCAUCCAGGAUUCUAAUCAGUACCAGUUUGGUAAAACUAAAAUUUUCUUCAGAGCAGGACAAGUGGCUUAUUUAGAGAAACUCCGAUUGGAUAAGCUCAGGCAGAGUUGUGUUGUGAUACAAAAGCACAUCCGUGGCUGGCUCCAGAGAAAAAAGUUUCUCCGAGAAAGACAAGCUGUCCUGACAAUCCAGCAGUACUUCCGGGGUCAGCAAACUGUGAGGAAAGCUGUUACCGCAACAGCCUUAAAAGAAGCAUGGGCAGCCAUAAUCAUUCAGAAGUACUGUCGUGGAUAUCUUGUCCGCAGUCUCUACCAGCUGAUUCGCAUGGCCACCAUCACCAUCCAGGCCUACACCCGAGGACUCUUGGCGAGGAGGAAGUAUCGGAAGAUGCUGGAGGAGCACAAGGCUGUGAUCCUUCAGAAAUAUGCACGGGCGUGGCUGGCCAGGCGCAGAUUCCAGAGUAUCCGACGAUUUGUGCUCAACAUUCAGCUUACUUACAGGGUCCAGCGUUUGCAGAAAAAGUUAGAAGAUCAGAACAAAGAGAACCAUGGGCUGGUGGAGAAAGUGACCAGCCUGGCUGCUCUUCGAGCCGGUGACAUGGAGAAGAUUCAGAAACUGGAAUCAGAACUGGACAGGGCAGCUACCCACAGGCACAAUUAUGAGGAGAAGGGGAGGAAAUACAAGGCUGCCAUGGAAGAGAAAUUGGCAAAGCUUCAGAAGCUUAAUUCAGAACUGGAAAUACAAAAAGAGCAAACAGAGCUGCAGCUUCGAGAGAAGACUGAAGAGUUGAAAGAAAAAAUGGACAACCUCACCAAGCAGCUCUUUGAUGAUGUGCAAAAAGAAGAGCGACAAAGAAUACUUCUUGAAAAAAGUUUUGAACGGAAAACACAAGACUAUGAGAAGCAGAUCUGCUCUUUGAAAAAAGACAUUCAAACUCUCAAGGAUGAGAAAAUGCACCUGCAGCACCAACUGGAGGAAGAACGUGUCACCUCCGAUGCCUUAAAGGGGGAGGUGGCCCAACUGAGCAAGCAGGCAAAGACAAUCUCUGAAUUUGAAAAGGAGAUAGAGCUACUUCAGACACAGAAGAUAGAUGUGGAGAAACACGUGCAAUCACAAAAACGGGAAAUGAGAGAAAAGAUGUCCGAGAUCACCAAACAACUUCUUGAAAGCUAUGACAUUGAAGAUGUAAGAAGCAGGCUCUCUUUGGAAGAUUUGGAACAUUUAAAUGAGGAUGGAGAACUUUGGUUUGCUUAUGAAGGACUGAAGAAAGCAACACAUGUUUUGGAAAGCCAUUUCCAGUCCCAGAAGGAUUGCUAUGAAAAGGAAAUUGAAGCUUUGAACUUCAAAGUGGUGCAUCUAAGUCAAGAAAUCAACCACCUGCAGAAAUUAUUUAGAGAAGAGACUGACAUCAAUGAAAGUAUCCGUCAUGAAGUUACCAGGCUGACAUCAGAAAACAUGAUGAUCCCAGACUUCAAACAGCAAAUUUCAGAGCUGGAGAAGCAGAAGCAAGAUCUGGAAAUCCGCCUGAAUGAACAAACUGAAAGCAUGAAAGGAAAACUGGAAGAAUUGUCUAACCAGUUGAACCGCAAUCAAGAAGAGGAGGGAACACAAAGAAAGACCUUAGAGGCCCAAAAUGAAAUACACACCAAAGAGAAAGAGAAGCUGAUCAGUAAGAUUCAAGAAAUGCAGCAGGCCAGCGAGCUCUUGAAGAAGCAAUUUGAAAGUGAAAGUGAAGUCAAGAGUAGUUUCCGACAGGAAGCAUCUCGGCUCACUAUGGAAAACAGGGAUCUUGAAGAGGAGUUAGACAUGAAGGACAGAGUGAUUAAAAAGCUCCAAGAUCAAGUUAAAACUCUAAGCAAAACGAUUGAAAAGGGCAAUGAUGUGCACUUGUCCUCAAGACCCAAGGAGUAUCUUGGAAUGCUGGAAUACAAGACAGAAGAUGAGGACAAGCUCAUUCAAAACCUCAUUCUCGACUUGAAGCCUCGUGGUGUGGUGGUGAACAUGAUCCCAGGGCUGCCCGCUCACAUCCUGUUCAUGUGUGUACGCUACGCAGACUCUCUAAACAACGCCAACAUGCUCAAGUCCCUCAUGAACAGCACCAUUAGUGGCAUCAAGCAGGUGGUUAAGGAACAUUUAGAAGACUUUGAGAUGCUAUCUUUUUGGCUUUCCAAUACGUGUCAUUUCCUCAACUGCCUAAAGCAGUACAGUGGUGAAGAGGAAUUCAUGAAGCUUAAUAGUCCACAUCAGAAUAAGAACUGCUUGAACAAUUUUGACCUUUCAGAAUACAGACAGAUUCUUAGCGAUGUGGCAAUACGAAUAUAUCAUCGGUUCAUUGUUGUAAUGGAAAAUAACAUUCAACCAAUAAUAGUGCCGGGCAUGCUGGAGUAUGAGAGCCUGCAAGGCAUCUCCGGCCUGAAGCCCACGGGCUUCCGGAAGCGGUCAUCUAGCAUAGAUGACACGGACGCCUACACCAUGACCUCUGUCCUGCAGCAGCUGAGCUACUUCUACAGCACCAUGUGCCAGAAUGGCCUGGACCCUGAGCUGGUGAGGCAGGCUGUGAAGCAGGUCUUCUUUUUGAUCGGGGCGGUCACCCUGAACAGCCUCUUCCUGCGCAAGGACAUGUGCUCCUGCAGAAAAGGGAUGCAGAUCAGGUGCAACAUCAGCUACUUAGAAGAAUGGCUUAAAGAUAAGAAUUUGCAGAACAGCUUGGCUAAGGAAACUUUGGAGCCUCUCUCUCAGGCAGCCUGGUUGCUUCAGGUCAAGAAGACCACAGACAGCGAUGCCAAGGAGAUCUAUGAACGCUGUACCUCACUGUCUGCUGUGCAGAUCAUAAAGAUCCUUAAUUCAUACACACCUAUAGAUGACUUCGAGAAAAGAGUGACUCCAUCCUUCGUUCGCAAAGUACAGGCUCUCCUAAAUAGCCGGGAGGAUUCAUCACAGCUGAUGUUGGAUACAAAAUAUCUCUUUCAAGUUACCUUUCCUUUUACCCCCUCUCCACAUGCUCUGGAAAUGAUCCAGAUCCCCAGCAGUUUUAAGCUAGGUUUUCUCAAUAGAUUAUAGCAGGAGAAAGGAGAGGAAAUGUGUGUUUCCCUCAGAAGCCAAAUGAAGGUCAAAUAUGAGGGAUGUGGUUGUUAAUUGGAACCGGAAAUGCUUUGGAAUGUGAUGUAAAGAAGCAAAGAAGAAUUCUCCAAGAUGGGCCACAUCUUCUCUUGUUCCCCGUGAUGCUGCUGCCACUGUCAUUUUGUAAGAGUUAACACACACCAGCUGCGGUUGGAAAGGCCAUGUCUACCUUCUGAAUCACAGCCAGCUUUUACUGGAAUUCCUUCAAGGCCCAUGUUUUCUUCCAGGUGCCUCUUGUCUAGAUCUGUUUUCCAUGUUUUCUUCCAGGUGCCUCUUGUCUAGAUCUGUUUUGUGACAGGGCUCCCCUCAAAGGAGUAUGAUCUGGGGACACAGUGCCCCCUAAGUUUACUAAUGUUCAUGUGAAGCCCAGGUACAUUUAUGAAGCUGCGAGUGGGUUCCAGGGCUGAGUCUUCCAGGAAAUAAUCCCAUUUGGCCACAAUGCCCUGUCGAAAUUCCUCUCACCCCAUGACUCCUGCCCAGGGUGGGAGGGGUGGGGUUCACUGACUUUCACUAAAAAUGCUCCUGCGUGAAAAAAUAUUUAUCAUUUAAGAGCCCUCUGGUUUUUAGGCAAAUAUUCAGUCUGAAAUGAAUCACGUGAAGUGUUUUAUGUAUAUAUCUACCUAAAACGAAUAUAUUAUUAAAAUUAAUUGCCAGGGCAUUUACCACCUCUUCUGAAAGAACAUUUCUUUAUGUUUUAUCUGCCAACAUAUUGGCCAUAUGUUUUUCAUUGUUCAAUAUCGUUCGUGCAACAGCUUCUCUAAAAACUAAGUUUAAAAGGCAACCUAAUUGGUUUUCUCUCUCUUUUCAGCAUUCAAAUGUUUUUAAAUUUUCCCAUAAAAAAAAAAACUGAAGAAUUAUGUCAGUUCUUCCUGUUGAGAAACCAGUAUUUCCCAAGUUUCAUGAAAACCAACCAUCCCUUGUCCCCCCAGACGUUCUCAUUCCUUCCUUCAGAGCACAUGAUGUUGCACUGCUAGCCUGUGGCGUCUGGCCCAUUCCAAGAAUCCAACCAGCCCUCCUGUCUCUGACAGACUCACAGGCACGAGCUGUGGUUCUGUCCCACAGGUCUAUGUCUUAGGAGUGAUAAUACAUGAUUAUGAAGCAACAUCACCCUAUUAAUAUGUAACAAUGCCUUUGCAUAUUAUAAAUGAUUUAGUUCUUUUAGAUACAUUGUAUAUGAAGAAAUGAAAAAGUAGAACUUUUAAAUAUUUUAAUCAAUAAAAUAAAUUACCAAAUGA